AAGUCAGCAGAAGUCAGCGGCUAUCGAGAACAGAACAAACGCUGUUAGUGAUAACCUCGUGGGACUCGUUGACAUAAUGGCAUUUAUAUGCCGCAACCGGUAGCGGUAGCGCACAAGUCUUAUGUGUCAAAAAUCAAACCUAGAGUUUAAAUUUCGUAAAAAAAAAAAUCCUGUUCGUGAGUGAAAAAAGUGGUAGAUGGUGUACUAGUUUCUUAAGGGUGCCGAGAGGUGCGGAAAUCGAGAGAGGCGCAUGUCGUUCCUGCAAACCGAGUUCUGCGAGAAAAAUCCGCAAAGGAUAUGCUUUGAAAACCCACUUUUAAUACCAAAAACGAGAACAGCGAGGGAGCCAGCAAUAAAGAAUGGGGAAGUAUUGGUUGAACGUGGCCCUUGUGAGGAUUGUUCUACCCGUUGUGCUUGCUGGAAGUGCAAUAUGGAGACCAGUAGGAUUGUCUCUGGUGUAUUUGACACUAAUGUUCUGCUCCCCGAUGAUAUCAAUUCCCACCCACAAAUCUAUGAAAGGCCACACCGGACGAUUUCUCAAAGCCUGCUUGUGCCUAUCAUUCCUGGUCGCCUUGACGCAGAUUACGUUUCACAUAGUUUUAUUAGCACUACCUCCAUAUGGACACUUUCUUCAAAAUUGCGAACUUCUAGAAAAGAUCUUCAGGCAUGUGGGCUUAGUUAGGCUAGAUGAUGCAUCGGUAUUCGAAAUAGUUUUUUGGUUGGCACCAGAAAUAGUAGUUUUACCAACGACGCUGCUCGUGUUUUUUAUUUGCCGGAAACUUACUAAGGAGCCGGAAACAGGUGACGAUGAAAGUCCAUCGAUACAGCAAUCUACAAAGAAGACUGAAGACAGAUCUGCAAAAGUAAUAAAUUUUUUGGGGAAUAUCGGAACAUACGUUGCUCUUGCUUCACUAUGUUGGGCAGCGUCUUUCAGGCCUUCCGUCGAAGGAGGUUUUUACUUCGUGGUCUUUUUGGGAGCAGCUACAUGGUGGGCUUGCAACAAAGAAUUGCUCAAAGGCUUUGCGAUAGUCUGCAGAGUCGUUAUGUUUAUCGUGAUCCUGCACAUCAUCACUUUAUUAUCAUAUCAAAAUCAAUGGCCCCAGGAAUUUGUACCCAUCAACAGCACAUGGUCACGUUAUUUUGCGCUCUCCGCUAUCUAUACUACAAAUUGUAGCGACCCCCGUGAUAUUGAGUUCAGCGAUGAUUCUGAUUGGUUGAUUUACGGAUACGCUUUGAGGCUCGUCUGGCUUUAUUAUAUUUUAGCCUUGCAAUCGCAGUUUCUUGCAAGGAAGCCGAGGCAGAAUGUUAAACAGCAGUCGGCCCUGGCGACGGAAAGAACUCCCUUGAUGCGCUUCGGAUCAGGACGUACAGGUUUGCUUCAAGAUUCUACAGGAAGUGUUAUUGUACCAGAUGGACAACAAGAUGAUAGUAUACAAUUACAGUCUCUUAGUGAAGGUGCUUUUUAUUUUUCUGCAAUAAAUGCAAAAAUUCCUUAUUAUUAUUUUGCAAAAUAUUGUUCCUUCUAUAAUUUAGGUAUUCCAGAAGAUAAGCCAGGAGUCAUUGAAAAUAUCAUCAUGGCCGUCUACUCAGUUUUUCAACUAGUCGUUAAUUCGUCAUAUCUGGCUACAAAUAUUAUCAUGAUGACUUGGAGCAUAAUGUACCACAGUUGGACAACUUUUGCCCUUCUAAUGUGGGCACUGAUUCUGUGGAUGGUGCCCAACAAGCGAGCGUCAAUGAUGAAGUGUUCUCCAUUUAUUGUUUUUUACGCAACCGUAUUGCUGCUGAUAGAAUACUUUUAUAGCAUGAACUUAACCAGUGAUGAAUUGCCAGACACAAUCCAUGGAAUAACAAUUGCAGAGAUCGGUUUCAGCAAACCAGACCAACUCAGCUGCUGGAAUUUAAUUGUUAAGUGCCUUUUCAUGUCAAUGUUUUGGAUUACAAUGAGACAGUAUACAGCCGAAAGAAAAAAGCAACGAAGAUCUUCGACAUUGCGAGAGAUGGUAGCCCCUCUACAUGUUUCUGUGUCGACUGCAACCACUGCUAUGAACCAAGAUUCUCCCGAAAUUAAAAGCAAGUUUAUGAAGGAUUUCGGAAAAAUAUUGCAACAAUUUUUAACCAAAUUUUGGAUAGCUAUAGUAGCUAUAAUGCUUUUCACGAGUGGAAUUACGGGAAGUCGAAUGACUCUUUUCCGAAUUAUAUACAUGAUGCUCUUUCUUCUCUUCGUCAUUUCAUUCCAAAUAUCCUGGAGGGCCUGGAGAAGAAUGAUGUACGGAUUCUGGAUUACCGUAAUUGGAUAUUCCAUCAUAAUGUUGAUACUUGUCUACACAUAUCAAUUUAAGAGCUUUCCAUCGUAUUGGUCUUAUAUUGGCAUCAACAAAGAACUACAAAAUGAUUUCGGACUGGAAACGUAUGAGACUAAAGAUCUUUUUGUACGACUCUUGACUCCUACGUUCUUCGUCAUAAUCACUGUUCUUCAAAUUCAUUAUUUCCACGAUGAUUUUCUUGAGAUAACAAAUAUCGAGAGGCUAGGAGAAAGCAGUUCAAGACGAGCAAGUCUUGGUUAUUCUCCAACAACAAUACCUGUUGUUGCACCAAAUCAAGUAUUUAUUUCUGAAAAUGAUGAAGAAUCUACCGCAUAUACCUUGAAACAGUUGAAACAUAUGUCCAAAAUGGAAAGAUUGGCCUUCUUUAGAAAAAUAGUCAAACAUAUGUACAGUUUUUACAAUUACGUCUGGUUAUUUUUUGAACUUCAUAUGCAAAAGAUAAUAUUUAUUUCACUUAUGCUUCUAUGUACAAAUGACGUAUGUGCCAUAAACUUUUUCUUUGUUCUCGCUAUUGUGAUAAUCAUCAACUUUAGUAGAAAUAUACAAAUAAUGGCGAUAAACAUUAUAGCAGCAACUAUCGCUCUGCUCAUGGUCACUAAAAUGCUUUAUCAAAUAGAGUAUGUUCAUCACGAAAAGUGGAAUGUCAAUUGUACAAGGAAUUAUGUAGAGAAUCAAACUGGAGUAGCCAGUAACAACACUGUCUACAACAUCGCUGAAUGGAUUGGAAUGAAAAAAGCAGCAGCAAGUGAACUGCCAGAUUUAUUAAAGGGCUACAUAGGCAUUAUUACGGUGACAACAUUGAGAGCAAUUAUUACUGUCCGUCAGUGGUUUCACAGACAAACGAACGGAGAACCGCUAGAUCCGCCUCUAGUUAUGUUUCCCAAGAUAGCGAGAGCCGAUGCCGACAAAGGUCUAGUGCCCUGCCUAAAAUUUCUCUUUAAUUUUGGAUUCUACAAGUUUGGGGUCGAGUUUUGCAUGAUGGCAAUUGUGGCGCUUAUUGGGACGAGGCUCGAUUUUUAUUCCGUCCUUUAUAGUGUGUGGCUCAUCAUAUUAUUCUCACUGAAACGAAAAACAACAUCGAGAUUGUGGCCACUCUUCAAGGUGUUUGUCAUUGUACUACUGCCAAUUCAAUACGCUGUUGUGGUCGCACCACCGACCUGGUUCUGCAUUCAAUAUCCUUGGAGCACUUCCGAGAUACUGAGACGUUUGCAAGAAUGGAUGUACCUCCCCGAUCCAGAUUUUCCACCCAAUCCAAAAAAGCUCAUCUGCGAUUUCAUCCUGCUGCUUAUGAUUGUUCGGCAAAGUUUGGUUUUCCGAAUUGAACAACGCAGUAUUUCCACUGGGCAGGAAUUUAUUGCCGGACACAAUUAUUCCGUGUAUCUUGACUUGGACAAACCGAAUUUUGUCAAUCCGGUCAAGGAUUACGUUUCUCACAUUCACAAUUGGCUAGAUGUGUUGAAACGUGGAUGUCUGAUGAGUCUGAUGUGGAUCACGUUGUCCAUUAUGUUUUUGGCGGGAACGAAGAGGACAAAUAUUUUCUCUUUGGGUUAUCUCAUUGGUGCAUUCGUCUUUUUAUGGCAGGGCAGCGAUUUUUACUUGAGACCGGUCAAAACUAUUCUCAAGUGGUGGAAUCUGCUGAUUGGUUAUAAUAUUAUUGUGAUAUUUUCGAAAGCAUUGCUACAAGGCGUGGGAUGUGUUCUGAUAAAAGAGUUGGAAUCUUCGGCCUGUUGGCUCAUUCAACUCCUAGGUAUUGCAUGUCUGAAAAAAUUCCAAAGUUCAGUAUCCAGUUUAAUUCCUUCCGCCGACUGUCAAGUUCCCAGAGAAGAUAUUGGCAUGGUUUGGGACGGCCUGUGCUUCGGAUUUCUUCUGAUGCAGAAGCGACUCUUCAAAAGUUACUAUUUCUUUCACAUAGUGGACGAGACAAAAGCCAUGAGCAUCCUAGCUUCCCGUGGAGCUGAACUGCUCGAAGAAUUGCACCAGAAGCGGAUCGUCGACCAAGACAACUUCGAGAAAGCUGCACUGCAAAAACUCAAGUUCAAGAUGGACAAAAUCAAGGCGAAUCAACGGAAAAUUCAAGGCCCUAGUUACCGAGAACCUGCGACGCACAAAAUAGAUUCAUUAUAUCCGGCUCUAGAACGACCGUUGUACAGAGAACGCCUACCAAGCAGUAACAGAGAGGCUGUUAGAUCUGGGGAUUACUACAUGUUCGACGAUCUCGACGAUGACGAUGUCACCGACUUAAUUCCUGAUAGAGACGAUCAGGAUGAAGAGGAGCGUCGAAGACAGCAAGCACUUCGGGGACGUCGAAUGACAGUUUCAGAGCUGAUGACCACCCUGAUUAAGACAGACAUAGAGAUAGCCACACAUGUGGCCUUAUAUGGAGGAACGACCAAGGAUGCUCUGAGGCUUCGUCGUCAAAGUGCACCACUCACUCGCAAGAAGUCGUCCAUGUCUUAUCUGAGCGCUCGUUCUGAUUCUGACACUGCCGCGGCCACUGAUGCGCCUGAUCGAGCAAGUCUUGAUUCGGCGGAAGUUGAGCAAAGGGAGAAAGAACUGAAAGAUGCAGAUUUAUCGAAAUCACUUGAUUCCUCUGAAGCAGAAGAAUAUGAUGGCAGGCCAAAGGGAAAAGAGGGGAAAGAUGAAACAGGGCAGAAGGUCUCUUUAUUCACCUACUUUAAGUUUUUGUGGGCAAUGCUGAACAGUACGAUGGUUUCGAUGACAAAAUAUCUUAAUCGCUUCUCAAGUGACUACAGAUAUAUUCGUAAAGUACUGGCAAAGGAGAAAAAAGAUUUAAAGGCUAAACCGGACUUUAGAAUGGGAAUGCGAUUAGGUAUAAGCCAAAUAUGGCAGCCGAUACCUAUAGUGCAUCAAAGCUCGCCCAGAAACGGGAGUGCUACAGAAUCUUUGGAUGGACCAGAAUCCAGUAAACCAAAAAAUGAAGCAGAAAGGAAGGAGAGUUCGCUGACAGUACCGCACAUCCGAAUCUUGGCGCCGAGUUUGGAGCGAGGAUUGGACAUGUCCUCCUCUAGCUCAAUCUACUCUAAAAGUGCCCAAGUACUGAAAGAGGAGGCUGAACUAUCUGAAGUCGAUCAACCGCCAAUCAUCCAGUUGGCAGCAUCGAUAUGGUUUGGUAUUUUGGCGCAUUCUACGUUACUGUGUUACUUUAUGGUGUUUCUCCAUCAAAUUAAAAAUGCCUCCAUACUUUCGACACCUUUACCAUUGAUGGUCUUUUUUUGGGGGUCGCUAACCGUUCCCAGACCAUCUAAGACAUUCUGGGUGACCUUGAUAGCCUAUACAGAGGUAAUUGUGAUAGUAAAAUGCAUUUUCCAACUCGAACUGAUACCUUGGAACCAAUCUGCUGCUGGCAACAAUCCUCUCUUUGGUCCAAGAAUUGUUGGAAUUGAACGUAAACAAAAUUACGCUUUAUGGGACUUGUUGCUACUUCUGAUGGUAUUUUUUCACAGAUUCAUGUUGAAGUCAUUAGGCCAGUGGACUAGACCUUCUAUAAAGUCACGAAAAGUAAUUCCAUCUAGGUUAACAAUGGUUGCCAUGGUACCAGAAGAUAAAGGUCAAGGAGAACCUUCACAAAUUCAUAUAGAAAAUGAAGAAAAGCGAACCAGCAUUGAUUUAGAAACUCCAAAAGGCCGAAAACUGAGUAUUCAACCAGAAGGUGCUUCAGAAGAACCACAUGCAUCAACUGACGACAAUCAUCGAGUUCUUGCUAUUCAAUCCGAAGAAAGUGAUCCUCUAGAUGAAAAGUUUUCCAAGGCUAUGAAUAUGACAACUGCAAAAUACCUAGAACCUAUGCGAGCCUUCUUCAGGAAUAUUCUGAAUCCUGUGGGCAAGGAGAAAACUAACGUUUACGCUUACAUGUUUUUCUGUGAUUUUUUUAACUUUAUACUAAUAAUCUUUGGAUUCUCAGCCUUUGGGACCCAACAAGGAGAUGGUGGUGUUACAGCUUAUCUUCAAGAAAAUCGAGUGCCUAUGCCCUUUUUGCUGAUGCUCUUGCUUCAGUUUGCACUCAUUGUUAUAGACAGGGCUCUGUUCCUGCGGAAAUCUAUUCUGGGCAAACUUAUCUUUCAAUAUUGUCUUAUUUUUGGCAUCCACAUUUGGAUGUUUUUUAUAUUACCAAGUGUUACUGAAAGGCAAUUUACUGAUAACUAUCCACCUCAGAUUUGGUAUAUGGUCAAAUGUUUCUAUCUACUUUUGGCUGCAUAUCAACUCAGACUUGGAUAUCCAACGCGCAUUUUGGGUAACUUCCUCUGUAAAAACUACAGCAUGGUCAACUAUUUCCUCUUUAAAGGAUUUAUGGUAGUACCUCUCCUGUUUGAGUUGAGGGCAGUAAUGGACUGGAUUUGGACGGACACCUCCAUGAGUAUCAUGGACUGGUUUAAGAUGGAAGAUAUUUAUGCCAACAUCUAUCAACUCAAGUGUAUGAGAGGAGUCGAGGCAGAUUAUCCUCAGCCUCGCGGUCAGAAGAAGUCACAAUCGAGCAAAUACAUGGUUGGUGGUUGUGGUCUUUUCUUCAUGAUUGGACUCGUUUGGUUCCCUCUUCUCUUUUUCGCUCUUGGGAGAACAGUGGGUGUAGCAAACCUUCCUUCGGAAGUCUCGUUGAAAAUUUCAAUUGGGCCUUACGAACCGAUUUACUCAAUGUCCGCUCAAGACGCGUCUAUUUUCCCCUACACCGAAACUGAUUACAACAAAUUGUAUGACAUAUAUGCAAGAGACAGAUCAGCGGUGACUUUUCUGGAAAACUAUGUCAACACAGAUGUUGCUGCCGUUAGGCUCAGCGCAUCUUCAGGGAAAUUGUGGGCUAUUUCUCCCCCAGAUAGAGAGAGAUUAAAGAUGGAACUAGAAUCGAAUAGUUCAGUAACUGUCCAUGUAGAGUGGUCAGUGUCUCGAAAAACUGACGUGAAAGAUUUCUCUGGCAUUUCUUCUACAACGCGAGAUAUAAAACUGCCUGCGUAUGUAGAUGGAAAGCCAAACCCAAAGAGACAACAACUCGUAGACAUGUUGUCUCUUGGGAAUUCAUCAAAUCCUAAUGUCAAUUCGUCAAUGCUACUACGCAAUGCGUUCCCAAAAUUCCUCAAAGUGACGAGUAGAAUAACUGACGUUGUUCCACAGCUUAUGAGAUCGCCACGCUUAACUCUUCCGACAGAUGACGAAGAGGAAGAUCCAAAAAAAAAGAGAUAUCUUUUUCGAAAUAUUACUUUACAAAUAUCUUCGACGGAUCUGGAGUGUUGUGCAAAACAACAGUGGUGGGUUACAGAAGAAGACGUCGAUGAUCCGAUUUAUCAAAUACUCCUGAAGAAUGUCCCAUUGAACGACAAAAAAUAUAUAAUGAUGUUCCUUUUCAAUGAAAAGGCCUUUCCAGAGAGUUUGAGUUUUAUCAGCGGAGUUGGAAUUUUGGGUAUGUAUUCGCUCUUUUUGUACGUGAUAAGUCAGUUGAUAAGGAGAGGAGUCAGCGAUGUUGCGCCAAAGAUCAUGUUCGACGAUCUUCCCUACGUUGACAGAAUUCUUCGAUUAUGUUUGGAUAUUUAUCUUGUUCGAGAAAGUAAAGAUCUGUGCCUUGAAGAAGACCUCUUCGCUAAACUUAUUUUCCUCUAUAGAUCUCCGGAAACGCUGAUUCGGUGGACUAGACCGCCGAAUCCAAGUGUACGCUCUGGAAAUGAAGAUGAUGAAGAUGAUGAUGAUGUAAUUGCAAAUGAUGAUGAUGAUGAUAAUGUAAAUAGGCCGCUACAUGAAGGUAGAUGAAAAACGUGAUUGGCAGGUUGCCAAUAAUUUAAGAAAAGAAUUUUUUAUUCUUGGCUAAUCAAAAAAAAGGUACAGUUUCAGAAAGAUGUUUUUCCCAAAUUCUGACAAUUUUGGUGAAAAUGUAUACUUUGAGCGCUUUUAAGUCAUGAACUACGUUUGCCAAAUAAUUAAACUUAGGCUCUAUCAUUAUGAAUUGUGUGUUAUUCCCUUUUUUUUUUUGCAAAAAUGAAUUUAAAAUUGAUUA